AUGCCUCCCUACCAGAUCUCCGGGCCUGUCAAUUGUGACAUUGAUUUCAAUAGAGAUCAACUGGCAGGAAAGACCGCGCCAGUGGUAUUGGAGAAGCAUAUGCACGAGCACUACACAAAGCAGGGCAUGUUUGCUGUGAUCGUCAUCGGCGAUAAGAAUUCUACUUCGGGAGAGAAGCUUGCUAGCGACUUAGCAGGCUCCAAGUUUGUCCAAUGUGAUGCAACCGAGUGGGAAGACCAAAUUCGUCUCUUCAAGGAAGCAGCUCAGUUCUCGUCCUCUGGAAAGAUCAGCUAUGUGGUAGCUAAUGCUGGUAUGACCAAAACCGACCAAACCUUCACAUUCGAUGGGCUUGGAAAGGAACCCCAGAAGCCUGACUUGCAGAUCAUCGAUGUGAAUCUCAAAGGCACACUCUACACGGCUAAGCUCGCCAUGCACUACUUUGUAUCUCAAAACGGGACCGAGCCACAGAAAGAUCAAGAAGAUACAUGUUUGAUUCUUAUCAGCUCUGGCGCUGGUUUUGUUGAUGUCCCCAGAGGUCCAGAGUAUAGCAGCACAAAGUGGGCAGUCCGCGGAAUCAUGCAUGCACUACGAAGAACAGCGUUUUACUACAGUAGCCGUGUCAACGUCAUUGCACCUUGGUAUAUACGGACUAGUAUCCUGUCCAGGGAGCAGUUUGAUGAAGUUGAACGUUCAGGUGUGGAGCUCGCAACCUCUGAAGAUGCGGGCGACUGUGCAUUGCGAAUCUUGAGUGAUACGAGUAUCAAUGGGCGGACUCUCUUUGUUUGUGCCCGCAAAUGGGCUCCAAGUGGGUACAUCGACCUCGAUAUCGAAGAUUAUCCUGAUAGCUCGUUGCUGCAGGAGAUCCAGGAGGACCAGAUGAGAAAUGCGCCUGUCGAGCUGGGGUUAUUUCCAUAG